AUGGCCACUCGCACUCACUCUUUCGCUCCACCCACCACCGCCAACACCUUUACCUCAUACUCGCAAAGCAUCCCCCGUGCCAUGACUACCUCUGCUACAUCUAAACCCACCAAGCUUUCCCAUGGUCUGGUCGACGGUAUGCCUCCGGCUCCACCACCGUCUCCGGUCAGCUUUGCCAUUGACAGUACUGGCGGGACGAUUCCUCAUAUGGAGAAGAUCGUCCGGUUGAGCCUAGAGUAA